GCCAGAAUGGGUAGGUGAUAGUCAGGUUCCCGCAUGUCGCCGGUGGGCAGCUUGGGUCCACGGUGGCGCCAUUGGCAGCGCCUGGUAGUAGCUGCAAAGAGGCCAAGAUUGGCAACAGGAGCAACUUGGUCAACGCGUAUACCUUUCAUGAAAGAAAGCCAGAGCCGGAAGGUGACCUCAUAUGCAAGUUACUUCCUAAAUGCCAGUUUUCUCUGUAACGAAGCUCGAUUUUCCACAGAGAUCACGGCGAAGAGAUUUUUCGCUGGAGCGGAUGGAGCCAUGCGAAUGGAUGGACAAGGACUUCGAUGCCAUGGCGCCGUCGUAGCUACGGAAGAAGUGAUGGAGACUGCAUCCUCCGACGCAAACUCACCACAGAGGAUGGAGAGAGCUAGCUUAGGUGCGAACAAAAACAGGGAGCGAAUGAAUUCACGGUCAAAGUAUAUGGCCGCGAGUUGUGACCGAAGCAGCAGCAGCGGUGGUUCGCUCUCUUCAUCUCUCCAAAGUCCACUCCACCCUCCGCUUGCACGGAUGCAAACAAGAAUCUGCCGGCAACCUUAACCACCCUCUCCUUCCUUGUUGUCUCGUUGAUAUCUUCUUUCUCUCCUCCGAUGCGAUGCAUCCUGCUUUGCUACUGCUCCCCCUCGCCUCCUUGCUGCAUGCCGCGGCAGCAAUUGGCCACAACGAGACCAGCACCAGUGGCAACACAAGCUGCACGCCGGCGAGAUGCGGGAACCUGACCAUCAGUUACCCCUUCUCGCUCAGCGGCGUGCAGCCGGUGUCCUGCGGCUACCCGGUGUUGGACCUCACCUGCGACAACCGAACCGGCCGCGCGUUCCUCAGCAGGACGUUCAGGGACCACCUGUUUCGCGUGGACAGUAUUUUCUACGAGAAUAACUCGCUGGUGGCGGCCGUAGAGACCACCUUCGCCGGCGACGCCGACUGCCCCGUCCCGGAUUUCAACGUGACAUCCAGCCUCAGUCCCUACCCGUUCAUCAUCAGCAACACCAACAAGUAUCUCGCAUUCAUCUAUGACUGCUCGAUUCCUGAACACGUUGGGCAGCUGCAACGGCCAUGUGGAAACCGGACGAUGGGAGCUUACAUCUCCGACAAGUGGAACAGCACACCACCGUCCGGGGUUCGAGGGAACUGCAACUCUGUCAGCGUGCCGGUGCGUGGGUACUAUGAUGGAAUGAAGCCGGUGAGUGGACACUACGAGCAAUUGAUCAAAGAUGGGUUCGUCUUGGAAUGGAUGAGGUCGGUAAUGGGAGAUCAAGACUGCGAUGGGUGCAGAAGGAGAGGCGGGGAGUGCAGGUUCGAACAGCUUUCGUUCCAGUGCUUCUGCCCCGACGGGUUGCUCUGCUCCAAUUCAACCCGUACCAACACAACGUCAAGCCAUCCAUCAGGCAAGGUUAAUCGAGGAAUCAAGAUUGCCGCAGGAACCGCAGCGGCUGUUGUAUGUCUCGGUAUACUUGGCGUUGGCUCCACUGUGUUGUAUACCCGGAGGAAGAGGAAAAGAUCUGCAUCCUUUGAAGGUCUCAUCCAUGGAGGGACGCCAUUGCCAUCACUCACGAAAGAAUUCAGCCUCGCCGGCUUGGCAUAUACCCACAUCUUCACCUACGAGGAGCUCGACGAGGCUACCGACGGCUUCAGCGACGCCCGGGAGCUCGGCGUCGGCGGCUUCGGCACAGUGUACAAAGGGAUACUCCGGAAUGGGGACACGGUGGCGGUGAAGCGGCUGUACAAGAACAGCUACAAGAGCGUGGAGCAAUUCCAGAACGAGGUGGGCAUCCUGUCGCGGCUGCGCCACCCAAACCUCGUCACGCUCUUCGGCUGCACGUCGCAGACCAACAGCCGCGACCUGCUCCUCGUCUACGAGUUCGUCCCCAACGGCACGCUCGCCGACCACCUGCACGGCGGCGCGGCGGCGCGGUCGUCCUCCCUCGACUGGCCGACGCGGCUCGGCAUCGCCGUCGAGACGGCCAGCGCGCUGGAGUACCUCCACACGGUGGAGCCGCAGGUGGUGCACCGCGACGUGAAGACGAACAACAUCCUCCUCGACGAAGGGUUCCACGUGAAGGUGGCCGACUUCGGCCUCUCCCGGCUGUUCCCGGCGGACGCCACGCACGUGUCCACGGCGCCGCAGGGCACGCCGGGGUACCUCGACCCGAUGUACCACCAGUGCUACCAGCUGACGGACAAGAGCGACGUGUACAGCUUCGGCGUGGUGCUCGUCGAGCUCAUCUCCUCCAAGCCGGCGGUGGACAUGAACCGGCGCGGCGGCGACGUCAACCUGGCCAACAUGGCCGUGCACAUGAUCCAGAGCUACGAGAUGGAGCAGCUGGUGGACCCGCAGCUCGGGUACGCGUCGGACGGCGAGACGAGGAGGACGGUCGAUCUCGUCGCCGAGGUGGCGUUCCGGUGCUUGCAGCCGGAGCAGGACGUGAGGCCGCCGAUCGGUGAGGUGUUGGACGCGCUGAGAGAAGCUCAGCGGAUGGACAAGGUAGGCUACGUCAAGGACGACGCCGGGCUGGUCAAGAAGAGCCGAGACGGCUCUCCGGACUGCGUCAUGUACCAGUGGAUUAGCCCAUCCACCACUUCCAAUAACAGCAGCUGAGACUUGACAAGAUGUUCAGAAAAUACUGGCUACUGACUGCAGACACCGUAAAUAUUCAGAGUUGUGUGCUAUUGUUUGUCAGAGAAAGAGAGGUUUCCCAUGAAAAGAAAAAAGACAUAGAGGUUUAUGUGUCUUUGGCUGUAACUGAGUUAACUUGUUGGCCAGUGGUUUGGCUACUUUGGCACAUUCAGAAAAGCAGUUUGAUGAUCUGUUAGAGAAGUUAAAA